AUGCAUGACUCUUUCCCCUCUGGAAGCAAAAUAGCUCAAGAAACUAAUUCAUCAGAACAACUUCACCAAUGGUGCAAUGAACAUUGUUUACCCCAUCAUGAACACUCACAACAUUCCCAUUUACAGCAAAAUGCGAGGCCGUCUCCUUUACUUGUUUGGUCUGUUGGUCUUUCCUUCGUUACAGUUGUUGGGCUAUGUGCAGUUGUAGGAAUUUUGGUGAUGCGAGUUCUCACCAAAAAAUACUACAAUCGCUUCAUCACAUUUUUUGUCAGCGUUGGUGUUGGAUCUCUUUCUGGUUCAGCAAUGUUUCAUCUCCUACCACAGGCCUGUUUAAAUAAAUUUUGGGAUUGUGAGAGUAGUUUCUUCUUUUUGGAUUUUCCCUCCCUCUUUUUUCAUAUUUAACACCUAGCAAUUUAAGGUAAUCAAAACAAAAGGGCAAUUUUUUAAAUAAAGGCUUUUGACCUGGCUCAGGAGCACUCUCAUGGGGGUUUUGGCGAAGAGCAUACCCAUGACAAUCACGACUACCUGAACAAGUCUUUCGCGGCAAUUAUAGGGAUCUAUUUGUUUUUCUUUUCGGACAAAAUCAUCAAAAUUGUCGUCGAAUCAAGAAAGCGACCCCAGAAAGACUCAGCAGAACUUCACCAAGCAAGGCAUCGACAUGGCAACUCGAAAACAAAGGAGCACCCAGAGAAUGGGCAGCCAACAAAUGGAAAGGAUUUGAAGGCGGACCAGGUAAUUUUUUGUUUUUUUAACUUUCUAAUGGGUUUUCGAUAUCUGUCAAUAGUAGAGGUCGGCAAAAUCGCAAUUCCGGGACCCCAGAUCGGGAUUUUUUUCUUAACUAAUGCCGGGACGGGAUCCCGAGGGUUAAAUCUCGAAAAAAUCUCGGAUCCCGAAAACCAAAAAAUCCGAUAUUUCGGGAGAGGUCGAUAGAAAAAUUUGAGAACUAGCAAUAAGCAAUUCG